AUGGCGAGUGAGCGAGAGAGUGAUUUUUACGUUAAUGUGACUCGAGAGGGAUGUCGAGAUGGCUUUGACGAGAAGGAGGAGAGACUUGGUACGUCUUGUACACCACUUGGACGAGACGAGCAUCACCAGGAUGAGGCAGAGUAUACAAACGUGUUAUACGCGAGACCAGUGGAGAACAUGUCGUCUACUUCGUCCAGUAGUAAUGGCUCUAACGCCGAGUUGGACACAACAAAAAUAGAUGAUCAUGUGAAAAACAGGGCAGAGACAAGGUCGUUAAUUGCUACUCUCCCGACUUCAGAGAUAGUUACAAAGACAGACUCAGACUUGGAAACUCGGAGUGAGCAAGACAAGGAAAAGGAACACAAGACUCGAGAGUUAAAUGCUAUGGAGCACAAACAAGGUGAAGAUAAUUAUGAUGCUGAAAAAGUGACUGACAAGGAAUGUAUAGGACUUGGAGGUGCUGGUUCUGUAGAAGAAAAAGAUCGGUUGAAACUAGCGAUCGCACUGGAUUUUGAGACUGACACGAAUGCGGCAAUGAGCACUGAUCCACCGAGUGUUACUCGGCAGACGUCCAGUAGCUUUUCCGAUUUGGGAGACUAUGAUGAUUUUUCGUUUACAGAUGCAAUCACAAUACCGAGUGGUGGAGGUACUGGUAGUGUCGAAAGUAGCAGUAAUGCUGGUACACCCACCACGUUUUACCCUAUUUAUGAGAACGAGGCCUUUCGGCUCACACAUGUGAGUAUGAGUAAUUGCGGCUAUGGCAGUUACGACGCAAUUAGUAAAAUUUCUGGAUCCUAUACAAACAGUCCAGCGAGAAGCGCACGGAGCAUAAACUCACCAACGAUGCUGCGUCUUGAUAGCUUUAGUUACAAUGGCGGCAGAGUUACGCCAACGUUCCAAUUGACACAACCGGCCGAUGAGUCACAGCCUCUAAUUGGCGAUAUCUACCCGGUGUCUGGAGAGGUAUUACGUCUGCUAGCUGACAAUGCAGCCUAUAUUAUCUUUUACAAGGAUGAUGAUAGCGGCGAAGAGCAGAACUCGAAACAUGAAUUACUUGCCAUGUCCUCUUCAUCCGAGGAUGACGGCGAUGUAAGUGCGUGGAGUGAGGAGCCUUCUGGAAGAGUAGCGCCUCCCCGUUCGUACGCUUCACUAGGUGCUGCAGGCCACAAGGUGCAAACUGACAACUGUUUCACACGAGACUACAAUCACCCGACGCGGUCUUUGGGCAGAGGUUUGUUUCGUGCUUCUACAAGUGUUGGCAAUGCAUUUCUUAAAGGUGCGACUGGCCUCGUGAAUAAAACGUACCAGGGUGGAGCAAAUGGUGGUGUGUUUGGAUUUGCCAAAGGACUAGGCAUGGGUAUGCUAGGCCUAGGCACACACACAGUGAAAGGCGCGUUCCGAGGAGUGGGGCAGGUGACGCAUUUGGUGGGCGAAAUGGUGCUGGGGACAGCGCCGCAUUUUAGUAUUGAUGGUACACUGGUGCUUACUAAUUACCGUAUCAUUUGGCAAGCGCUUAGCACGAACGAUACGAUGGAGAUUCCUUUGGCGUGUAUCCUGGGAGCUGAAAGCUCGACCACAGCGCCUCAUGUUGCCAAUAUUGAAGGCAAACAUCUUCUGCGCACCUCUUUAGCAUUCCAAGACGAAGCUACUUGCUCGGAUUUCUUGAGCUGUAUCUGGGAGCUUUAUUCGGUUAGUGUGUCACCUCCACAUUAUUUCUUCGCGCACUUGCACUACCAAGCACUGCGACACAAGGAACAGGAGAAGACGACUAGCGGAACGGGGCUCGAGACACCAAAUGAUUUGCUGUAUGAUGCAGAAGAGGACUAUCGCCGGCUAAAGUUGCUAGACGACGAUAGUUGGAUGCGGUUAUAUGACAACUCAGACUACACCAUGUUUCCAUCGUACCCAGAAGUGUUUUUGGUUCCGUCGGUGCUGGAUGAGGAUGAUCUGCGCGAGCUAAGCGCGUAUCGCAGUGCAAGUCGCAUUCCGGCGGUAGUGUGGCGUCAUCCGCAUACAAGGGCACUUGUUUGUCGAUGUGCUCAGCCUUGUACCGGGCUAAGUGGAUACGUCGUGGAGGCUGACCAAAAAUUGGUGUUGGCACUGCAACACGCAACGAGCGCGUAUGGUGACGCAAAGUUUCAUUUUUUUGAUGCAAGAAGCCAAAUGGCGGCAGCAGCCAACUCGGCACAAGGUAAAGGCACUGAAGACCCACGGAAGUAUCCGAACACGGAGCUUCACUUUUGUGAUAUUGCGAAUAUCCAUGCUGUGCGCUCAUCAUAUGCAUCGUUAGCGUCAGUAUGCCAGCCUGGGCAGGAUCGUGAAAGCAGUGGGUGGUUAUUUCAAUUGCGAAACACCUUUUGGUUUCUGCAUUUGUCAAGUAUCCUUACCACAUCGCAGGAGAUCUGUCGGUAUUUGUGCCAGAGUGAGUCCGUGAUGAUUCACUGCAGUGACGGGUGGGACCGUACUCCACAGCUUACGGCCAUGGUGCAGCUGUUACUGGAUCCGUACUACCGGACACUUACAGGGCUAAUGCAGCUCAUUGAAAAGGAGUGGUGCUCUUUUGGCCAUCUCUUUCGGUUUAGAUACUCGCAGGGUGAAGGGCCAGGCCAGCAGGAACUUGAGGAACAGUCUCCCGUGUUCGUCCAGUGGUUGGAUGCAUUAUGGCAAAUAUGGCGUCAGCAGCCAUGGGCAUUUGAGUUCAAUGAAACGCUUCUUGCAGUGCUUUAUGAGCACGUCUUCUCUGGACUGUAUGGCAACUUUCUCUACAACAAUCAGCGACAGCGAAAGCAAGAAGAGGCAAAUGCACCAACACGAUCACUGUGGUAUGCUUUGUUGGAGGAAACGGACAAGUACGUGAAUGUGGAAUAUGACAGCGCUAAGAACUUUAACAGCAUUGGCUUGGUGCUCCCUUUUUCGUCGGAAGAAAAUGACUUGGUGAUGUGGGAAAACCACUUUGUCUAUGCUGACCCCGUCUGCCGGAAGUAUGAGUGA